UCACGACUUCGUGCGUGAGUAUACACGAACAAAACUUAUACUAAUCGUGUUUUUAUAACUGCAAGUUGUAGUUAAAGCUUAUUUAUGUGCAAAGUAAAAUCUUGUAAAUUGUAUUACAUAAAUUAGACUCAAACCUGGAUUUAACCAUGAGCAACACAAGGAAAUCGGAAAUAGAACUCCAUUUAAGAAAUGAAGACAAAAGAUAUUCACUGUUUACUCCUACCUCUGUGCGGAGUUCCGUGUGGAAACAUUUUCAAGUAAUAAAAUUUUUGGACACUGUGGAAAACUUUGCACGUUGUAACCAUUGCGCAGAGAUUUUGUCAUAUGCACCUAGAAGCGGUACGGGCAGCCUGUUGCGCCAUCGCUGCGUGCGUGUUAGAGCAAAUAGGACUCAAAAAAAUCUACCGGCAACACAAAGCGUUUCAAGUUUUAUUCGUAGCAUGUUGCCCAAGAAGACAAAAGAAGAUAUAUUAAAGUCACAACUAGAAUUUAUCUCGAAAGAUUUAAAAUCUCUUAAUACUACAGAAGGGGACGGAUUUAGGAAAUUCGCUCAAGCUUUAAUAAAUAUUGGUGCAGAAUAUGGCAAGCAAAAUAUUGACGAAAUAUUGGUUUCUCGCCCAAUUCUGGUAAACAGUCUUAUUCCAGCAGAAUAUUUCAACAUAAAGAAUCAAUUAGAAUAUAUUCUAUCAAAUAACCAUGCCGCCUUUUCUACGGACACUUGGAUCGAUGAAAGCUCGCAACGUAAUUUUUUGGCAUUAACUGCUCAUUAUAUUAAUGAUGAGUUUAUUUUAGAUUCAAGUUUAUUAGGAACGCGAGAGUUUAUAUUACCUGCCAAAGAAACCAGUGAUCGUAUCCAUUAUUUCGUUAUGGACAUACUGAAUGAAUUUCAAAUCAAAGAUAAGUUAAACCAGAGUGUAAUUGUUACCGAAAACUCGUCGGAGUUUGUUGAAGCGUUUCGCAGUUAUAAACGUAUUUCAUGCAUCUGUCACAAUUUAACCAUAUUUAUGAGAGAAGUUUUGGAAAACAGUACGAUAAAAGAAAUUCGCGAACUACUAGAAGCCUCAAAAGGUUUAGCCAACUUCUGCGAAAACUCAGAGUUAAAUAGUUUGUUGACAAUUUCUGUAAAGCAAAAUGGAACUGAGGAAUUUAGUGCGAUAUUCGACACUCUUUUGAGUAUUUUCACCAUGUAUAAUGAAAUCGAACAAGCCUUAAUGGAACGAAAUGAAUGGCAAGAAAUCGCCGGCAUUAACUUUCAUCUUUUAGAUCGUGUUCUUUCAUUUUUCAGACCUUUUAAAGAAUGCUUUGAAAUUCUGAGCUCACAAACUUCGACAGUAAUAGCAGAAUAUUGCUUCUGGUAUGAAAAAUUACAGAGAUGUUGUAUUAUUAGUCCAUUGGAUUCUGAAGUAAUUUCAGAAUUAAAAACAUCUGCAAAAAGCAUAUUGGAGCAAAAAAUGAAACCCGAUAUUAUGCACUAUGCCGCAUGUUUUCUUAAUCCACUAUAUAAAAGAUUGGCAUUUUUAUCGGAAGAACAGCGUAAACAGUCUCGAAUAGCAGUCAAAAUACUGAUGGAAGAUUUUAAGAAGCAACAAGAAAGAGAUAUAGGCAUUUUAAUGCAAUCGGAAGCUGGUUCCAUAGACAUUAAUAAUGUGCCAUCAGCAUCGAACGCACAUAGAGAUUUUUGCAACGAUUUAAAUCUGCAUAAUGGAGAUUGCAACGGCUUAAAUGAUAUCGAAAUCGAUAAUGAAUUGUAUAAAUAUUUGGAAAUGGAAACUGAGCAUCGCAACUUAUUGGAUUUUUGGAAAAAUACGUUAGAUCUUCCAUUACUAAGGACUGUGGCUCGGCAAAUCUUAAAUAUACCCGCCAGCUGCACAAAAUGUGGAAGAGCUAGGUUUAGCUUGGGUGAUAUUUUAGAAGGAGGAAAGGCAAAGAUUUCAAGUGAAAGCAUUGAUCAUUUAUUGUUUUUACACAAAAAUACGGGAUAUACUACAGUUAAAAACGAAAGCAACUCAAUGGAAACAUAAGCCGAAUUUUUUGUAACACUUGUACUAAUGCAUUCAAAAUCAUUUUAAACGAAAAAAAGUUUUUAUUAUAUUUUAUUAGAACCACAUGUAUAUAAAAUAUACAAUAUCCGGUACCAUUGUCUCCUAAUAAAAUCAAAAUUUAUUAAGUGGCAUCUCUGUAAGGAAAA